AUGGCCGAUCCUGCAGUUAUUAAGAAAAUCAAAAUCAACACUGGUGUUUUGAAAAGAAUGGUGAAGGAACAUAAUUCAUAUGUGAAAGAGGUUGAAAGUAUAAAGAAUAAGAUAGCAAAAAUGGAGAAUGAAGCACAAAAUGAUGAUGACCGAUAUGCCAUCAAGAAAACCGGGGAAGUCCUGCAGGAGACAGCAGCAAUGAUCGGAGAUACUUCUCGCAGAUGUGCUAGUUAUUUGAAUGAACUUAAGAAAAUGCUGGAAGAAUACAAUCUCUCAGAAGAAAUCCAAGAAGUAAUUGAUGCUAGCGAGCAGAUCAAAGCUGCUGAAGCUAUUGUCGCAUAA